AUGCCGUUCCUUCUACAAUGUUUGAUCACUUUCUUUGCACUCCAGGGGGUACUAGAGGUUGCUGGCAACCCCAUGAUACAUAAUAUCCGUGGCAAAGCCCUGCGUCAUCGACUUCGCUUUGGUCGCUCUAUCGGCCGCAGUGUGGCUGAGUGCGGCGCGGACGCUGCUGCACCAGGUGCUUCCUGCCCUGGCAAUGCCUGCUGCUCCACCGGUAAGGUCAUCGCGGGUUACUGGCAGGGAUGGAAUAUGGGCAAGGCCUGUGCCACCAUGAAGCCGGAGGAGAUCCCUGUUGACUCGCUCACGCAUCUCAUCUUCUCAUUUGGAUUUGUCGCGCCGGAUACCUAUAAAGUCCUGCCCAUGCCGGAUACCGAAGAAGGUUUGUUUAACGAGGUCACGGAUGUCAAAAAGAAGAACCCCAACCUGAAGGUUCUCGUGGCUCUUGGGGGCUGGACACAUACUGACCCCGGCCCAUACCGCGAGGUAUUCACUACCAUGGUAUCCUCACCUGCCAAUCGCCAAGCAUUCAUCACGAACCUGCUUAGCUUUCUGACUCAAUACAACUUCGAUGGUGUGGACCUCGAUUGGGAAUACCCUGGUGCCGAGGACAGAGGUGGCCGCCCAACUGACAAGGAGAAUUUCGCGAAGCUUCUGCAGGAGAUGCGACAUGUGUUCCAAAGCAAAUACGUUAUGACGUUCGCGGCACCACUGGCCUCUUAUUACCUGCAGAACUAUGAUCUCAAGGUAGCCUCUGAGGCUGUUGAUUGGAUCAACGUCAUGGCGUAUGAUAUCCACGGUACAUGGGAGAGCGACAAAAAGGCCGCCGGGCAUACGAACUUGACCGACGUCAACAAAGGGGUCGAGAAUUACCUCAAGGCUGGAGUAGCACCAAUUAAACUUGUCUUGGGGACCGCCUUCUACGGUCGCAGCGUAAAAAUGGCCAGUGGCAGUUGCACGCAACCUGGUUGUACAUUUACUGGUCCGGGGGCUGAGGGGCGAUGCGUCAAGACUGCAGGCUAUUUGUCUCACACGGAGAUCAAUGAUGUGAUAUCUGGCGGUGCAAAGCCGGUGUUUGACCAGGCUGGCUCUGUCCAGCACCUAACAUGGGGCAGGGACAAUUGGGUCUCACAAUUAAGCUCAAGGUUGACUAUGCCAGCAGGAAAGGACUACGAGGGGUCAUGGCAUGGGCCAUAG